UCAGGCGCCGCCAGCCCCAGCGACCCAGUGCCGACGGCGACCAGGUGCAGAACACGUGGACGCGCCCCAACGUGCGUGGAGUGGACGAGAGUGUUCGCGACGGGGACCGGCGCCCGCCCGCAACGCCAGAGCACCGCGACAACGCGCUCCCCCGGCACCAGCUGCGGCCACGGGGAUCUACUGCACCACCAUCUGCAGCUGGAGUCGCACUCCUCGUCACAGUGACCGGCAUCUGCAGCUGCAGCGCAGAGGGCGCUCUACAGCUGGCGGGGACGCAGGACCGCCGGACCGGACCGGCAUACCGCUGAAAGUGCAAGUGGUCGGCGUCGCCGGGACUCACACCCCCGCCUGGAUGACAUAGGACCGCUGCAGACAUGAAGGCGUUCAACGCGCUGCUGGCAGCAUGCCUGCUGGUGCUGGCGGCGGGCCCCGGCCCAGGAUCGAGCCGCAGCGUGCCCAGCAGCACCGCCGCCCCCGGGACGGCGUCGUCGGCCGCCCCGAAGCGCGACCUGGAGAACGACAUUGACUUCGACGGGCCGCUGUCGAGCGGCGAGCAGCAGGCGGCAGCAGUGGAUCAGGUGCUGAGCCAGGUCCGCGGCGUUGCCGUCGACGCGGAAGAGACCGUGGCCGAGGUGCAGAGGAUCCUCGAGAGGCACCCGCAGCUCCCGCGGCUCUCUCGGACCGAUAUCCUCUCGAUCCUGGAGAACAUCACAAGGACGGCGUCGCCAGCGGAUGCGGUCGGGACGACCACGGCGGCCCCACUAAUGACCACGAACGCGGGUAGCAGCGCCGAGCUCACCGACGGCCCGGACUUCCCCUACGUCACGGACACCAGCACCCCGGAGUCUGCGGAGGUUUCCGAAGGGACGACCGUUGACGUGGAGGUGACGACGGCAGCCUCCCGCGUCGAGCAUUCUCGGGAGCUCAUGGUCGUACUCCCAUUCAGCGCCAAAAACCUCAGCGAGACCAACAUCAAGGAGCUCUACACCAAGAUGCCACUCACCCAUAUCAUCGGGGACGAAGGGAAUGAAUACACCAGGGCCCCAUCACGAAAGUCAACGCGACCACAACGUCGAAGACCCGCGCAGACGUCCACACCCGCCCCCACAACGGCUCCGGCCCCGGCCUUCCUGGACUACAGGGUGACGGAGGACUUGGACAGCGACGCGCCGCCCCCACCUCAGGAGGUGUUCGUCAAGACGCAGCAGAAGACGCGGCCCCAGUACGUGGAGCAGAGGCACCGGUGGCGCGCGCCUUCAACGUCCACCCCGGCGUCGGAGCCGUCCUCUGAGGAGGACGACGUGGACUACACGACCAAGAAGCGGCGCCCGGCUUCAACGGGUCGGCCCUGGAGGGGUACGCGCAGGACGACCCCCGCCCCCACGACAGCGUCGACAACCACCGCGGUGCCCACCACCGAGAGCACAGUGGAGCCGACCGUCGUCCCCAGCAACCACAAGCCCUACUACACGGAGCCGACCAUCAGGCCAUGGAGGGUGACCACCGCACCACCCCCGCCCGCCAGCACCAAGAAGCCCAUCAUCAAGUACAAGCCAGACUACGAUCUGAACCCCGCUAAAAAGCCGUCGGCAAGCGACUGGUCACCCGUCCCCGAACAGCCGGCCAAGGAUGUCAAGAGGAAGGAGUCCACGCGUCCUGCCGCGCGCCCCACCGCGCGGCCCGCACCCGUGCGCGGCGCCGCCCUCCCCAGCCUGUACGACAUGAAGAAGGCCGUGCUGCCGGCCACCACCAUGCGGCCCCUGGUGCGCGACGACGUCAAGGAGCUGCUCGCGUCCAUCGGCCUGAAGACAGGGGCCGUGGCCGUGGCGGCGCCCAAGCGCAGCACGCUGGCACCCACCACCUCCACCACGACGACCACCACCACGGAGCCCCCGGUGCCCAACGCGGCCAACGCCGCCGAGUCGCUGACACCGGAGAUGAAGGACAUCCUCAUGUCCAUCGGACUGCUGCCCGGCAAGGACGACCCCCCGGCCGCAGCCCCAGGGUCAGUGCCAGCUGCCCAACAGCCCACCAUCACCACGCAGCCCAUCGUGCCGCCCGUGGACCCCAGCUCGUACGUGCAGUUCAAGCCGUUGCCGCUCGCUGGCCAGGAUAACCCUCUGGCGGCUCAGCCCGGGCAGGUCAGCGAGGACAUGCAGGAGUUCUUGGCCUCGUUCGGCCUGGUGCCCGCCAUCCAGUCGACCCGCAUCGUGUCCACUCCGGACGAGUACUUCAACAUGGACGACCUGUCCAGCGCGCGCCGCGGCAAGACGCUGCAGGAGGCAGUCGUGCCCGAGGAGCCGCUGCCGGAGGCGGCAGCCCUCGAGUCCGAGCCCCCCGUCCCCGCGGAGCCCGAGACGGACCCCGACAACACCUCGUACGCCGAGCUGGGCAACGACGAGCCGCUGCACGAGCAGCUGCCCUCGCCCGCCAGUCUGCUGUCCGAGGCCCGCGACAAGGAAGUGAUUGCCUCACUGCCUCUGCCGGACGACAUGAAAGCCGUCCUGGGCGACAUGGGCUUCAUGGGCGACUCUCGUUCAGAGCAAACGGCUCGUCAAUCCAAACGAAUCGCUGGGCAGAACGGCAAGGACAGGCACGUCUUCAACCCCGUGGUGCACUCCGCAAAGCUGGACGACCGCGGGGAGGCGGAGAAGGUCAUCAAGCUGCUGUCCAGCAUCCGCGUGCUGCCCAUAGGCCCCAACGGCACCGCCAUCAUCCCCGAGAGUAUCGUCACCGAGCUCGCCGCCGCAGCAUCCGGCUUGCCCACGACAGCGGCGUCCGGGACCACGCCCUCCUACGGCUUCAGGAAGAAGGAGAAGAAGCGAACCGAGCAGCACCGUCUGGAGGAGGAGGACGGACCCAGCCCGCUGUCAACCGAGGAGCUACGUCUGUUCCUGGAGACGGCCAAGAACGAGGUAAAGCGACAGCAGGCGGCGUCGAGCAGCGCCUCGGCCUCGGCCUCGUCCAGUUCCUCCUCUUCCUCUUCGUCGUCAUCGUCAAGCAGUGCCAGCUCCUCGUCGUCGAGUGACGCCACAGCCGUGACUGGUUACGACGAGAAUGCCGCCGAGCUGCCCACCACCAUCAGCGACAGCCUCGCGGGGGCCGCCGCCGGCGCCGACUCCGAGUCAGAAACCACCCCCGCGCUGUCGUCCUCCACGACAACGACGACGACCACUACCACCACGACGGAAGCGCCGACGGCCAACCUGGAUGACCUGGCCGCCUCGUUCGGCGGUGAUGGCGACAGGCCGAAGAACACCGGCCCAGUGGACACUCUCCCUCCGGCGAGGCCUAAUGGGCUUUAUUUCUUGUUUGAUUGGAACACAUUUCUUAAUGUCGGCGAGGAGGGGAAAAAUCCAGUAAAGCUCAACUUUGCCCCGCGAAUCGGUGACCCAAAGAGGUUUAUUGAAGUGAAGGUUCCUUGAAAAUUAAGAUUUUCAAGUGCAUAGGUAACGUUGCAGUUCUGUUGUGAUUGGCUGACGUGUUCCAUUUACUUUUGCUCUUGUUGGAGACAUUAACGGUGCCAAAACAUAAGGAAGGUAGUUGAAAGACUUGAGAUUUAACUGGCUUAUUUAUUUGAGUCUCUGUCACUAUAAGAGAUUGAAAAGGAACUUUGACUGAUAUAUUGUGCUUCAUGAAUGAUUUCACCACAAGACUCAGCGCUGCAUUGUAAAAUGUUGCAUUAGUUACAGACUAUUUUAUUUUGAGCAUUCAGGAAUUAAAAGCACUGAGUUCCUGACAACAAUCCUCGUGUGAUGGGUAGGUACUAUUUAAUUUGUAUGUAAAUAAUAUGUAAAAUAUAAGAUGAUGAAAAUAAAAAUAAAGAAUAUACUAUUUAUA